AUGAUUGGCAGCAGCUUUUUGUUGGAUUUUACAAGGUGUAAUUUUGUGCAAUGAUGAAAUAAGCGCAUUGUGUUUCAUAGCAGCAAUUACGAAUUUACGAUGAUUCCAUGAGUGGAGUUGCAGAGGAAUUGUGAUUUUUGUUUGAGACAAAAAAGAAGAUUCUCUCAACAUCAAGAAAGCAAACCCUAGCUCUGGCCUUGAAAUUGUCAAGUUUUUUUUAGGCUUGGUGAGCAAGAUUGAGUUGCCCUGAUCGUCGUGUUCCAGUGUCAUUGAUUUUGUUGAAGAUAAUAAAUAAUUUGUUGUAGCUGGGAAGCGGGCUUGCUGUCUUCAUCUUUGUUCGGUUUCGCAAAACUUGGUUUGAUCUCUCUGUCUCUACUCGAAAUCUUUUAGUUUUGUGUUUCUUUACACAUACAUUGUUUUCCGUUUGUUGUUGAAUAUCGGGCCUAGAGAGUUGAAGUUCUCUUGACUAGGCCUUUGAAAUUCUAGGGUUUUGUGAUUGUUAACAUUAUGGAAGUUUUUUACAAGUUUAAAAGUGCGAAAGAUUAUGAUUCUCUCCCUAUUGACUGGCAUUAUACCACUGCUUCUGAUGUAAAAGAUUAUGUACUUAAGAAAAAGUGUUCUGGCAAGCGUAAUAAAAUUCAUUAUGAUAGCCUCACUCUUGUUAAUGCUGAUACUGAUGAAGAGUAUCUUGAUGGGGAAGCUUUGAUUCCUAAAGGUACUUAUCUUAUUGUACGUCGUGCGCCUAGAUGUUUCUGCAUGCCUAUUGUAAUCGACCCUCCUGCUACUCCGGAACAGGAGGAUGAUUCUUUGGUGGAGAACAAGUUAAAGGAGGACAAUGCCUUUGAUCAACCAUCUACUUGUGUGUUUCCUCAAGAAUCAGAAUGGGUUGAAUUUUGGAAUGAUUUGUCGCCGUCUGAAGUUGUUCAGGAUGCUGGUACUAGUAAAGCUGAUGUGCACAGCAAGAUUAGUGAUCGAAUUAAAUCUUCUGCUUUGAAGUGGAGGCAGCGUCAAUCUCCUGCUGAUAGAUUUGGGCCUGGUGGUAUGGGUGGGAGAGGCUUUGGCCGUGGGUUUGGUAAAGGAGGCAUGUCGGACAACAUAACACCCUUGCCAGGCUAUAUAUGCCGUAGGUGCAAGGUGCCUGGGCAUUUUAUCCAGCAUUGUCCAACUAACGGUGACCGUGAUUUUGAUAUCAAAAGAUAUCAGCCACCAAGAGGCAUUCCUAAUUCUAUGCUAGUGGCUUGCCCAGAUGGUUCAUAUGUAUUACCAGGUGGCAGUUUAGCUGUUUUAAAACCAGAUGAGUCUGCUUUUGAGAAGGAGAUGCAAGGAAUACCCUCGACGCGUUCUGCUCCUGUCCUCCCUGCAGAGCUUCAUUGUCCUAUCUGCAAGGCAGUUAUGAAAGACGCUGUUUUAGCUAGUAAGUGCUGCUUUGAGACUUUUUGUGACAAGUGCAUUAGAGAUUUUAUCAUGUCCAAUUCGUUGUGUACUUGCGGGGCCAAAAAUGUGCUUGCCGAUGAUCUUAUACCUAACAAGACAGUGAGGGAUACCAUUGUUCAAAUUUUGGAGUCCACUAAAGGCAGUGGGAGUGAUGGUGGCAGUGCUUUUUCUUGUUCUAAGGUUCCAUCACCUAAGUUUUCUGAACCUUCAAAGGAGGUUUUGCUUGCACCUAAUAGUGGAGGCAAUACAAUGGUUGAGGAGAUGACAGGACCAAUAGAAUCUGACAAAGAUGUAAAUGAAAACUUGGGUAAAGUGACUGUCAGAAAAGUUGUUGAAUUACCUGAAGCUGUGCGCGAGUGUGCGGGAGAACCAGGGUCUCAGAUAUGUCCUCCAGUGACUGAUGCGGAUAUGCAACCUAAGAUUCAGUGUUCAAAAGAAAAAGAAGUUUCUGAAUGUGCACAAGAGUGUACGAAGGAACCAGGGUCACAUAUGUGUCCUCCAGUGACUGAUGAAGAAAUGCAGAAGCCAACUCCUGGGGAUGCAGAAAAGAAAAAGAAGAAAUUUACAGAUAUGCAGUCGAGUCCUCUUCAAGACUCUGCACAUAUGCCGCUGAAAUCUUCUGGUUAUAGUUCUUAUUGGAAUUGCAUGCAAACUGGAUAUGAUGGGUUUGGCCGGCCCUAUUGGGGACAAAUCCCCUUUAUGAAUCCUGGCCUCGGGUCAAUGUCGAUUCCAUUUGGAGGUGCCUUUCAUUACAGUCCAUUUGGAGCACCACAUGUGAUGCCCGUACCGCCUCAGAGGGACCUUGUGAAAUUUGGGACUGGGAAAUCAGAGUAUGCCUGGAAACGUAAAGCCAGUGUCUUGGCUCGCAUAACAAAUCCAGAAGGGAAGAUGGCAGUCCUCAAGAAAAGAAAGCUUGGUAAUUCUACUGUUAAUGGUUUGAGUCAUCACAGAAGCCACAGUAUGACAUCAAAUCAAUACCACGAGGACCAAUGGAACACUGCAGUUGCCACGUCGAAGAAUAUUUAUGAGUCUGCUGACAACCAUGAUGACGACCACAGACACUUCAAGAGGAGGCCUUCUAAAAUUGAAACAUCACCUGUCCCUGUAGUGGCAGACAGUAGGCGUACUGGUAGAGGGUGGACGGAGAAGAGGGUCAUAGCAGCAAGCAUCAGUGAAUUAUCUGUGUUUUGAAUACUGAACUAUGUAGAGAGAAAUCAAUCUGUGAAAUGAGCCUGUACUGAGAAUUUGAGAGGGAGGAAACUUAAGUUGUAAAUUGUAAUGCUUUUCUAUUGUGAAAUAAAAAUA